AGGAUCUUCCGGCCUCAGCCGGUGUUGUGAGUCAAUGCAGAUUCAGUGGGUCAAAGGUAAACGGUCUGCAAACAGCAGCACGCAUAACUUCACUUGUGUCUGGACGCGGGGACAUCAAGUCAACACAAUCAUUUAUAAGAAAGAAGAAAUGGAUAAUCAUCCGUCAGAGUCCCUAGCGGAGCGGACCUUUCAGUAUCAAAGCAGCAUGCCGUCCUUGCCUGUCCCGUCACUAGAGAUGAGCCUCUCAAAGUACCUAAAUGCAGUUCGACCCUUUGCACGUGAGGACGAGUUUAAGGCUACAGUGGACAUAGUUCGGACAUUUCAAGAGGGAGUUGGCAAAGAGCUGCACCACAAACUACUGCAAAGAGCCGAGACAAAGAAGAACUGGCUGGAAGAGUGGUGGUUGGAUGCUGCGUAUCUUGAAGUCCGCAUCCCCUCUCAGCUGAAUGUGAACUUUGGCGGCCCGGCGCCCUACCUGGAGCACUGCUGGCCCCCGGAAGAGGGAACUCAACUGCAGAGGGCCAGUAUCAGCACCUGGCACACACUACAGUACUGGGACCUGAUCCGCACGGAAAGACUCCCUCCCCAAAAAUCUGGCAACACUGUAUUAGAUAUGGACCAGUUCAGAAUGUUGUUCAACACCUGCAAAGUUCCUGGAGUAAAGAAGGAUACCAUUCGUAACUACUUCAAGACCGAGCGUGAAGGUCCAUGCCCCUCCCAUUUGAUAGUCAUCUGUCGUGGAAGGAUCUUCACAUUUGACGCAGUCUGUGAUGGACAAAUUCUCACUCCUCCGGAACUACUGAGGCAGCUCAUCUAUGUGAAACAGUGCUGUGAGGGAGAGCCAGAGGGAGACGGAGUGGCUGCUCUCACUUCAGAAGAGAGGACUCGUUGGGCGCUGGCAAGGGAGCAUCUAAUAAGCAUUGACCCACAACACAAUGGCACAAUCCUGGAGACCAUCCAGAGCAGCCUGUUCGUUGUUUCCUUGGAUGAAACCACUCCGUACUCCACUCCAGACAACUACACAAGUUUGACCACAGAAGCCCUCACUGGAAAUCCCACCAUCCGCUGGGGUGACAAAUCGUACAAUGCACUCUCCUUCGCAGACGGCACGUUAGGAUCCACCUGUGAUCACGCUCCAUAUGAUGCCAUGGUACUGGUUUCUAUGUGUUGGUAUCUGGACCAGCAAAUCAAAGACACAGAAGGCAAAUGGAGGGGCUCAGACACAGUGAGACCCGUUCCCCGCCCCGAAGAGAUGGUGUUCACUGUCGAUGAAAAGGUCCACAGCGACAUUCGCCACGCUAAACGGCAAUACUAUGAGUCGGCACAGGACAUGCAGAUUGUGUGUUACGCCUUCACAGCAUUUGGAAAAGCAGCCAUCAAACAAAAGAAGUUGCAUCCAGACACCUUUGUUCAACUCGCUAUGCAGUUGGCCUACCAGAAAAUGCACAAAAGGCCUGGAAGUUGCUAUGAGACCGCAAUGACUCGCAAGUUCUACCACGGCAGGACAGAGACGAUGCGACCCUGCACCCAGGAGGCUGUGAACUGGUGCAAAGCCAUGAUGGACAACACAUGUGACGUUGAUGCAAGGAGGAAAGCCAUGAGGCUGGCCUUCAUUAAACACAACAAACUGAUGGCUGAAGCCCAGGAAGGAAAAGGUUUUGACAGGCAUCUUCUCGGACUGUAUCUGAUUGCCAAAGAGGAGGGACAACCCACUCCAGAACUCUUCCUGGACCCCCUCUAUGCAAAAAGUGGUGGUGGUGGUAACUUUGUGCUGUCAUCCAGUCUGGUGGGCUACACUACAGUUCUGGGGGCCGUGGCUCCCAUGGUGCACCGCGGCUAUGGCUUCUUUUAUCGUAUUAGAGAUGACAGGAUUGUAGUCUCCAUCUCAGCGUGGAAAUCUUGCCGUGAGACCGAUGCUGCGUCAUUAUUCAACAACUUCUGUAGCUCCUUGCAUGAGAUGUUCCACUUGGCCACCACAUCUCAGCUAUAAGAACUCACACUCACAAAAUAAUGCACAGGUGACUAUCGACAGCCAGCGAGUGUCAUGUUUGUUCUCAGCAAAGAUCAAUGCAAAGGUACAACAUUUGUACUGCAAGUGAAGCCACCGCCUUUAGUAAUAUUACUAAAUAUUAGUAAUCAAUUCCCUUUCCUGCAUAGUGGUAAAUAAUACAACUUAGGGUAAAUUAUACUUUAUAACUAAAUAUUAUUAAUUUUUAAAUGUUGCCUUUUUAUUCAUUCACAUUAAGCCGAUGCUGAGAGUCAAGUGAGUAAAUAUUCUUCUGACACUCAACUCUUACGGUGGACUAUGAAGAAAAGAACUGUUGCUUGAGUGUUGUUGGCAUUUGAUUUCUCUAUUAUGAUAAUAGCACUUACGUUACUCUGUGACUCUGUACAUUCAAUUGUCUAUAUACAUUAUUUGAAUUUGAAGGUAACCCAUGCAGUGUUGAGAUUGCAGGGCAACUCGUUGCUGGGAACUAUUUCAAGUCGGCUCACACCGGCUACCGUCGCAGGACCAGUAACAUUUCUACUGUAUUUUGAUCAUUUCCACUUUCUGAUUGAAAUUGAUGCUUCAAAAUGAAAUUAAACCUUUUGAAAAUAAUUAUUGGCUUAGUUCCUGCACAUAUUUUUAGUUGGGAUGAUUUUAUUUGCCUUUUGUACAUGGAAGUCCUUUAUGUCUGCACGUCGGCCACAUGAAACAACCAUGUGAUUGUGUUUCUGCCCCACUGUGAACCAGCAUUUUCUCAAGUACUGCAGGUGGAGACCGAUGCGCCGACGGCUCGGAGGGAAAUGCUUAAACUAUUAAUAUCUGGAGAUACGAUAACUAAUUGUGUUGCCUUCACAGGCGAUGAGGUGUGGCACAUUUAUUUGGUAACUCCUGUACAGUACUUCUGGAAAGUGUUGGUUUUCUGAUUAUUACCUUUUAUUCAGUCACUGCACUUUUCUUUCAUUUGGGUCGUGUGUCUGCUAAGUGAAAGACGGCUGAAUGUCCACAUGGCUUUGUACUGGAAUGACUGCUUUAAUCACAAAUUAACUUUACAAACUGUGACUUUAUUAUCUAUGUUUUCUCUGCUUAUAAAGCGUUAGAAAUUGCAAAAUGUGAAUAAAAUUGUACUUUCUCGAAACACCUCAAA